CAAAGGCAGGGGAACCACCACAGGGACAUGAACAUUUUCAUAACGCAAACAACUAACACUGUGUCUUAAGAAUUAGCUAGACCAAAACCAAUUAGAAGUCUCUAAAGCCUUUUUACAAAACAAGAUAAUAUAAUCAACAGUUUUAAAAGCUUGUUUUAGGUCUAUGAAAACGCACUACUCAAACAAGGUUUUUUUACACAAAUUUUGUUUUUGUAUUUAAGAGUUAAAAAAGCAAAGUAUAUAUUGUGGAGAUGUCUACAACGGAACAAGAUGCUGGUCCAUCAACAUCAGAAGUUAACACUACUGGUGCUGCUUCUCCUAUAAAUGUUGCACCAGUACCACCUCCAAAUGCUAGUUAUGGAAGAAGAAGAAUGGUUGUUGAUCUUUCAUCUCUGCCACUACAGAUCCUAUUGCAUUUAAACGUAUAUUUCUUUUUGUUGUACUGGAUAUGUGAAUUGUUGAUUUAUGUGUACAAAGGCAUUAUGUUACCUUUUCCUGAUGUUGGUGGUACACUUGCUUUGGAGAUCAUUUUGUUGUUUUUCAUUGCAGUUAUCGAAGGCUUUCGAUUAUUUUUCGGUUAUAAAGGCAAUUUGGGUGAACGAAAGCAAACGUUAAUCUGGUCUGUUAUUCUCGCUCUACCCAUACUAGUGUCACAGUUGUACAUGAUGUUAUGGCAAACAUACGUAUUGAGAGCAGAAGUUAUAUUAUGCGCAAUUUUGUUCAUCAUGGUCUCACUGGAGGUUUUAUUGUCAGCUGCAACGAUAUGGACUUUCCAAAGACACGAGUCAUUUAUCCAUGGGUGAUUCACUAGUGGUAAUUUAUAUAUUUAUCUAUUGUAUUUAUUAUGUACAUAACUUUGUAAAGGAUAUUUUGAAAUAUAAAAAUCAAGUUGAAUAA